AUGUCUCACCAGAAUGAUCAGCCACGCUUUUCCAAGACAGAACCUUCGCGGAUACCACAAAGACUGACAAAAAUCUAUUUAAAGAGGCUAAUGAAUCCAGCUGAAGAAGAAAUGAAAAGGAGCGUGAGCAGCAAAAAUCGAGGAAGCUGGCCAAGUCAAAACAAGAAGAAUUCUCAAAGAACGACAAGCUUAAGAAUAAAGGGAGGCAACGAGAGAAAGACAGAUAGAGCAAAGAAGAGCGGCUAA